AAAGAGAAUUAUAAUAUGCGCUGUCAUUUUCAUUUUACCACAAUUCGUUGGUGUAGGUGCAUAGUGCAUUCUUUAAAACGUAUAUUUUGGUGUCAGUCCUUAAGACUGUAUGCAUAAAAUAAACAGAGAUUAUUCAAGAACUCAAAUAAUUACGUAAUACACAUUAUGUAUAUUCUAUUACAAUAAAAAAUCUUCAAGAUGGAAACGGAUGAAGAUUUGUCGGUCGCCCCAAACGGUGACAUAUUUGUACACCGGUUGAAGGAGUUGACCGAAGAAGAGAAGCAACGCCUUGAAGCGCAGAACUCUCGCAUCAUUCCAGAAUCUAAAGCGGCGAAACUAGAACGAGAAGCUAAACGUCACUGGGAUAUUUUCUAUAAGCGAAAUGAAACAAAAUUUUUCCGAGACCGGCAUUGGACAACACGUGAGUUUCAAGAAUUAAUUAAUUCGGAGCCCGAUCAAAAGAUAUCAUUCUUGGAGCUGGGUUGCGGUGUUGGGAAUAUGAUAUUUCCAUUAAUCGAAGAAGGAUUCUCUAAUUUCCACUUCUACGCGUGUGAUUUUUCACCGCGUGCGGUCGAAUUCGUCAAAUCGAAUAAACUUUUUAAUGAGAGUAGAAUGAAGGCAUUUUGUGCUGAUUUAACUACGGAGGAUUUGUUUGAUAACAUAAGCGAGGGCAGUAUGGACUUGGCAAGUUUAAUAUUUGUGUUGUCGGCGAUCCAGCCCUCACACUGGCCCCACGUGGCGAGGCUGGCGCUCCGCGCGCUGCGGCCCGGCGGCGUGCUGUUGUUGAGGGACUACGGUCGCUAUGAUAUGGCGCAGCUCAGGUUCAAACCGGGACAUAAGAUAGCAGAGAAUUUCUACAUGCGGCAAGACGGCACAAGGAGCUACUAUUUCACAGAAGAAGAACUUGCAAAAUUAUUUACUGAUGCAGGGUUUGAAAUUGUUUCCAACACAUAUGUGCAGAGACGGACGGUCAAUUUCAAAGAGGGUAUAGAUGUGCCACGCAUAUUUGUACAAGGCAAAUACAAAAAACCCAGCAAUGAUGGGUGAUAUUGUGAAGAACUUUGAUGGACAAGAAACAUAUUUAGAUGGGGAAUAAAGCUGGUUUGUGAUUGGAAAUAUGCACCCAAAAAUCUGGCAGCAAAACUUAAUUUCAUUCAACUUUUUUAAAGGAAUUGCUGAGAACACAUUGCCACACUACAAAAUGCUAUUAUAUGAUGAUGAACCUGUUAAUGCUUCUAACGCGAAGAAAUAAUUUGAAGAAUGUUUGAGAAGAUCAUUAGAACAUAGAAUGGCUGUUCCACAAAGGUUGUGUAGAACACUUGAAAUACAAGAAAGAAAUUUAAUGAUUAGAUGACUGAGUUUUUGGAUGGACUGUUUAAAGAUUGAAAUAUCCUAGAAAAAUUAUGUGCAAGAAUAUCUGCGCAACUUUAAUAAUGCAAAAUACUAAGAAAACAGAAAAAUCGUCACAGUCAUCCAAAGGAUACCCAUUGCUGAACACAGAACUCUCACCAAGAUUUCCUUUCCAAACUGUUGAAGAUGACCUGCUUCUGACACCUAAUAAUAUCAUCAAUUGCAUUGGAAGUCAUUAGAAAGAGAAAUUUAUAAUGUACAUAGAGUGCACUAAGAAACAAGAAUGGAAUCUUUAUGCAUUGGCCAAAAAAGCUGAUGAAAAUAAAACCCUGGUCUACCUUACUGAGUUAGUAAAGCAUCUUAACUAACAUAUUGAAGAUGCUCCAAUGCUCCGAGACAGCCUAAAUUCAAAAUAAAGCUUGCUAUGCUCACAAAGCAUUGAGUAUUGUAACAUCUUUACAAAUUAUCCAAAUGGUACCAUAUUACCUUGAGAAAGGAAAUAAAAGAUAUGAAGUGUCAUAUUUCCCAUCAUAUGUAUUAGUGCAGAAUGGGAAACAAGACUGCUACAUAGAAAAACAAGACAUGGCGAUAACUGAAUGUGAAGGACAACUCAAACUCCGAUCAAUUAUGAAUGUUACUUUAUAGUCAUUAAAAUUGUUCCCUCCCCCCCCCCCCCUGCCAGUAAAUGGGGAUAUCACGGUGCAUCUGGACACAGCAAUUGCAAAUAAAAAGGGACAGUGAUAGCUGCUAAACUCUAGUUUAGCUCAAUGGGAUACUCAAACUAGAAACCGAUGACCACUUCAUGUACCUGGGUUCUGGCAUUACCAACAACGGAUCUAGCAAAGCUAAUGUGGACACUAAAAGCUAGAGACCGCCAUCGCGUAGAUGCCUUUGAAAUGUGGUGCUGCAGGAAUGCACCAAAUUCUAUGGAGGGCAUUUAGGACCAACCUCUAUCCUCGAAAAGCUAAAGCUUGACAAAAAACCGACGCUCUCCAAAAUUUGUCUGAGGAAAAUCCUUGAGUUUCUUAACCAUAUCGCCCGCAAACCAGGUCAUGACCUCCAGAAAUUGAUAAUGACCAGACGAAUUGAGGGCAAGAGAUCGAGAGGCAGAAUUCCAAUGCGCGGAAUCUGAUCCGCACCAUAUUCAACAUUAAUUUAGCUGAAGCUGUUCAAGUCGCAGAUGGCACAUCUUGCGCGAAGAAUUGUUUCCCUAAUGAUCCACUACCUUGUGCUUUGGGGAAUCACUGCAAGGAAAGUGGUACUCAGUUCAUACUUUACACAUCAGAAAGAUGAAAGCUCCUGACAUGACUGCGCUUUGCGGCAAAUGUUCCUGUUACUACAGCCGUUGUUUGAAUAGGCGUUUUUAAAAAUUAAGUUUUUUGUUAUAAUAUAUUGUUUAUCUAUAAUAAUAGAUAUUUAAAA